AUGCUUUGGACAAUUAUUUAUUUUACAAUAAAAUUAUUAUCAAAUAAAGAACCGGAAUGGACCGUGCGAACGGUAACAGCUUUACACGCCACUAUCAUCACUGUUUUAGCACUUUUGGAUUGGUCCUAUUUAAAAGAAUGGAAUGUCGAAAAAUUAGGGGAACCAAAUUCAAUGUAUGAAGAAAUAGUAUUAACCUUAACAUUAGGUUACUUUUUAUUCGAUUUCAUAUGGAUAAUUAAUUAUCAAACGGAAAGUCUAGCAAUGUAUUUUCAUCAUGGCGCCAGUAUUUUGUGUCUGGCCGUAAUUUUAGCAAAAGGGUAUAGUGGAUUCGAGGUUUUAGUCGGUAUCUCUGGAUUAGAACUGACCAAUCCAUGCCUGCAAGCAAGAUGGUUUCUUAGAACUUAUGGAUACCAAAAAACAUGGCUGUAUGCUAUCGUCGAAUCAAUUUUUAUGAUAACUUUCAUUACAUUUAGAAUAAUUUAUGGUUCAUUUUUAACGUACAAUAUUAUUUUACAUCCGAAAUGUCAUUUCGUAUUAAAAUUGGGUACUAUAUCAUUGUAUAGCGUAUCGUGGAAAAACAAAAUUUUCGAUUACGAUUAA